AUGUCUGUGAAAACAAUCAUGUCACUGGUGAUUCUACUGAUUCUCAUCGCCGCAUCGGCGGCGGCGGCGGAUAUCGGAUUCGAUGAGUCCAAUCCGAUCCGAAUGGUCGCCGACGGUCUCCGGGAGAUUGAGGAGUCCGUUGUCCAGAUCUUAGGACAGUCCCGUCACGUUCUCUCCUUCGCUCGCUUCACUCACCGGUAUGGGAAAAGGUACCAGAACGCGGAGGAGAUAAAGCUCCGAUUCUCGAUUUUCAAGGAGAAUCUUGAUUUAAUCAGAUCCACUAACAAGAAAGGCUUGUCUUACAAACUCGGUGUCAAUCAAUUUGCUGAUCUGACAUGGCAAGAGUUUCAAAGGACUAAGCUUGGUGCUGCUCAAAACUGCUCUGCCACUUUAAAGGGCAGCCACAAACUCACAGAAGCAGCUCUUCCAGAAAGUAAAGACUGGAGAGAAGAUGGUAUUGUUAGUCCGGUCAAAGACCAGGGAGGAUGCGGAUCUUGCUGGACAUUCAGCACAACUGGAGCUCUUGAGGCAGCGUACCAUCAAGCAUUUGGAAAAGGAAUCUCUCUCUCCGAGCAACAGUUAGUGGACUGUGCUGGAGCUUUCAACAACUACGGCUGCAAUGGUGGUCUUCCUUCCCAAGCCUUUGAGUACAUCAAAUCCAACGGUGGCCUUGACACAGAGGAAGCUUAUCCUUACACCGGUAAAGACCAAACCUGCAAAUUUUCAUCGGAAAACAUCGGUGUACAAGUCCUCGACUCAGUCAACAUUACUCUGGGUGCUGAAGAUGAACUGAAGCAUGCGGUUGGACUGGUGCGGCCGGUAAGCGUCGCAUUCGAGGUUGUAAAAUCUUUCCGGCUUUACACGAGCGGUGUUUACACUGAUACUGACUGUGGAAAAACUCCAAUGGACGUGAACCACGCGGUGUUGGCGGUUGGAUAUGGAAUUGAAAAGGGUGUUCCAUAUUGGCUUAUAAAGAACUCGUGGGGAGCGAGUUGGGGAGACAAAGGUUACUUCAAGAUGGAGAUGGGGAAGAACAUGUGUGGUGUUGCGACAUGUGCAUCGUACCCGGUUGUGGCCUAG